CCCUGCGUGGCUGCCCCGGGAGCGGGGCCGGGAGCGCGGCGGGAGCGGCGCGGGCAGUGCCGUGUGAGGGGAGCGGGCGGCAGCGGCGGCACCAUGUCGGCGGCGGGCGGUGGUCCCUGCGGUCCGGGCGCGGCCGGCCCGGCGGCGGCGGCGGGCGGCGGCGUGUCCAUGUUCCGCUGGCUGGAGGUGCUGGAGAAGGAGUUCGACAAGGCGUUCGUGGACGUGGACCUGCUGCUGGGCGAGAUCGACCCCGACCAGGCCGACAUCACGUACGAGGGGCGGCAGAAGAUGACGAGCCUGAGCUCCUGCUUCGCCCAGCUCUGCCACAAGGCUCAGACCGUGUCCCAGAUCAACCACAAGCUGGAGGCACAGUUGGUUGAUCUGAAGUCUGAACUGACAGAAACGCAGGCAGAGAAAGCAGUAUUGGAGAAGGAAGUGCACGAUCAGCUUUUGCAGCUGCACGCUGUUCAGCUUCAGCUGCAUGCCAAGACUGGUCAGAAUGUUGACUCCGGGGCUAUUAAAGCGAAACUGUCUGUCCUUUCUGUGGAUGAAAUGGAGAGAGAACUUGAAGCUAACAAGAAGGAAAAAGUGAAAGAAGCUCAGCUGGAAGCUGAGGUGAAGUUGCUGAGGAAGGAGAAUGAAGCCCUUCGUAGACACAUAGCUGUGCUCCAGGCUGAGGUUUAUGGAGCAAGAUUGGCAGCCAAGUAUUUAGAUAAGGAGCUAGCUGGAAGGGUCCAGCAGAUUCAGUUACUGGGCCGGGAUAUGAAAGGACCUGCUCACGACAAGCUGUGGAAUCAGCUGGAAGCAGAAAUACACCUUCACCGCCACAAAACUGUUAUUAGAGCUUGUCGAGGUCGGAAUGAUCUCAAACGACCAAUGCAAGCACCACCAGGACAUGAUCCUGAUACCUUAAAGAAGAGUCAAGGUGUUGGUCCAAUCAGGAAAGUUUUGCUAGUUAAAGAAGACCAUGAAGGACUAGGAAUUUCAAUCACAGGUGGGAAGGAGCAUGGUGUUCCAAUACUGAUCUCUGAAAUCCAUCCUGGGCAGCCUGCUGAUCGAUGUGGAGGACUGCAUGUUGGUGAUGCUAUUCUGGCAGUAAAUGGAGUUAAUCUAAGAGAUGCCAAACAUAAAGAAGCUGUAACUAUUCUUUCCCAGCAGAGAGGUGAAAUUGAAUUUGAAGUAGUGUACGUUGCUCCAGAAGUUGAUUCAGAUGAUGAAAAUGUAGAAUAUGAGGAUGAGAGUGGGCACCGUUACCGUUUAUAUCUUGAUGAAUUGGAAGAAGGUGCAAAUUCAAGUUCUAAUAGGAAAGAUGCAAAUGUGGAUAUCAAACCCUCACAAGUGUUUGAUAAGAAGCCAAGUAUUGAUGGACAUGAAAAUGGAGACCUGGGGAAUUCAGUGGAAGCUUCAUUAGAAGACACUGCACCCAAAUUAGCCCGUUCUGCUGAGUCUUUAUCCUAAAAACAAACAAUCAAAAAAAAAAAAAACAAAAACAAAACCUGGACAGAUCCCAUCUUUGGGAACAAUUGAUAAUCAAUAUUGACUGCUUAAAGUUGCAUAUACUAGUGUAGGUUGUAAAAGGAUGAUUAAAUGUCAAAAGGAACUGUAUUACUGUUGCCUGGAAAAAAGGCGGUUACCUCAGGGCUUCAUUGUGAGCAAUUCUAAAUGUGGAAAACUGUCUUUUGCGUGACACACAGUAGUUAUUGAACACACAGCAUGUAAAAUGAAUUUCUUUUAGUAAUAAAAGAGUAGUCCCACCAAAGCGUGGGAUUUUUAAAGUGGAUAACCUCAGUACUUCCACUUUUAAUCUCAUUGAUGUCCCUAAGGAAGCAGAAUAACGUGUGACCAGCCUCAUUUUGACCCUUGGAUGUUUUAAAGGGACAACUUAUGUUCACUUUGGUGUGAAACAUGCUUUAACCCUAGACAGAUGGGGGUGGGGGGAUGGACACUUGUUCCAUUGCAUCCAUUUGUUUUGUAUUUAGGAUUUUUGAACUAUAACUUUAAAAAACACUUUUUUUUUUUUUUUCUUGGAAUAGUAAAGAUGAGAGCUUUUAUUUGAGCAAAGACUAUCAAAACCCACAUAAGCAGUGGUGUGCUUGCUAAUCAUGAUCAUUCAGCCCAUGGUAAUUUUAUGAGUGAAGUUUUUUGAUUUUCUGUUUUUAUUUAAAUUCACCACCAUUUGUUCCAUUUAAAACUUGCUGCAAAAGUAGUUAAACAGAGUAGUAUGGGGUUUUAAAAGUGAAAUUAGUGGAAAAAUUACUCACAAUUAAUGUGAGCCCUUUGGUAUUUUUUUCUGAGCAUCAUCAAUUUAGCAUUUGUUUUUGAAUGGAUAUGGUUACUGCUAACGUAGAGUUGUUUGAGUUGGUCAUCAUUAGCUUGACCUUAUGAAAUGAUGAGUGCUUUUGAUGCGUACUGAACAUACUCAUUUCACUUUAAAAUAAUCCUUAAAGAAGUAGAAGUUGAGUGCACAAUACUUUACAGGAGGUUCUCAGAAUCAUACGGUGCCUGGCCCUAUCUGUGUUAUGUUAUGGCAGUCCUGUUAACCUAUAAUUGUCUUACUGUUGAAGCAAAAUGUUACUCCCUUUGUGAGAGCAGUGUAUCUUAAAAUAGUUUUUUAUUGGUGUACAUCUAAAGGCCCCUGGCAUGGCUGCAGAUGGGGAAGUUGAGGAUGGUGUCUUGAACAGUUUCUCAUGCUCCAUUUGUAGCUCUCUUGGUGAAGUGCAGCACACUCCACAGACAAACUCUACAUUGUCUUCGCACUUACUAUUUCAGCAUGCAGUGCCAUCUCUCCUGUUUACUGCAGGCUGUUGAACUGUAAUGUAAAAUGGUUUUGUACAUUGAAAGAGGAACUAAUGUGAAAAGACAUCUUUGCAAGUGUUAAUUGUAGGGUAUAAAUACAUAAGAAAAAACCUCAAAGGCCUUUAGAGUAACAUCAAUUAAUCUUAUGUUCUAAGUUGUGAUGUAGAACACAGUUACCUUGUCUCUCCUAGGAGCACUAUAUAUAUAUAUGUUUAUAGAAAAAGCCUAAAAAUGUAUAUACUUUAUUCAAAGAUUUUGCUAUUUAUGAAUCCCUUAACUUUGCUAUUUACACGAUCAUUUUGUGUGUGUGUGUGUGUGUGUGUGCGUGCGUGUAUGAGUUCCACUUACUCAGUGGAGUAACAUUAUUUGGUUCAUUUUUUAUACUAGUGUUUGUCGUACAGCAUACUGUUGAAGGUUUUUAAAAUAGUCAAGGCUGUACAGUUUUCACCGAACAGAAACUAGUAUUUAAAAAUAAAGCUGUGUGAAGAAGAAACAGGUCCCCAGGCAUGUUUCUUUUUCUGAAGCUUCAGAAACUUGAGGACACAUUGGCUCUGUGUUAGCAGAUGAAUCCACUGCCAGAACUUUUGCAUCCAGAUUUGUGUUUUUCCCACAGCUACUCAAGCAGAGUGCCCUCUGAAUCUGUCUGUGGCCUGGAACAGUCAGUGUCCUCUCUGUCAGGAAGGGACAGUUCAAAGCUAAGUUGUGGUCAUCUUGCCUUUGAAAAUCAUUGCUGUGUGAAAUCUUCCUGCAGUUCAUAGAAAUUUGUCCAACUAGUCUUGUAACUUUUUAAAAAGACUUUCAAUUUUCCUGUAUAGUUUCCCUUUAUUUGAGGGAAAGGUGAAAUUUUUUAUUUAUUUUUUCUUCUUUACUUUAUGGCACACUGUAUUUUCUGUUCAAUGGAUUUGAUCAGUUUUAGCCUGAAGUGGAAGAAUGUUUCUAGAGUUAUUUUCCUAACAUUCCUAAUCUGCCAGUUUCACAUGAUGCUGUGCUCUCUUCUUCCUCUGCUGGACCUUUUCUCUUUAUUUGUAUCUCUGUAUGAGAUCAACAGAAGGAACAAUUGCUGAGGAAAAUGACUGGGAGUAGACAUAUCAGGUAGCAGUAAAUUAUCACCACAUUUUCUUCCCAGCAGUUUUUAUAGUCCUUGCUUAGGAAGCUGUGGAUGGGAGGAUUUUGCUCAGACACUGCAGUCUGUCUCCAUGUACACUGUACUUGUUACCAGUACAGAUUUAAUAUACUGGUUUAUUUGCAAUCAUACUGAAAUGCUUAGAGAUUAAUAUUUAAACUGAGAAGUUUUGCAAGUUGAGAUUUCCAGAUUCAAUGGACAAAUGUGUGUUCUCCCCUUUGUCAGUAACUGGAAGACUCAGUCCUGCUGAAUCCCAGAGGCUGAAUGAGUUAGACUUGGAAAAAUUUCUAAGGAUAGUCAGUGUUCAGACUUCAUUUUUAUUUUUUCAAGUGUAAAACAGUUUACUUGCGUGUGUAUAUAUAUUUUUACUUAAAAAAAUAAAAUAAUAUUCUAAAGAUGAUUUUGCAAUUUUUUUGGUAUACAAUUCCUUUCCUAUUAAAAUCUUCAGUAAGACAAUUGUAUUUUAAGCUAAGGGUGGACAGUGUUUGUUGGCAUCUGGGACCAAUGUUAAUUAAAAGCAUGUAAGAUAAGGAAAGUGUUUUACGGCAAUAAAUUUAACUCUGAUUGAAGGUUGUAUCUAGUAUUUCCUUUGUAGAAGUGUAUUCUUGGUGGUGAAGAGGGUUUGUAUCCAUCUCAAUAUAUGUUAAUCCACAGUUGUAUCAAACAAAAUACAGGUAUUUAUUGUAUUUGUCCAAACAUAAUUACAUCAUGGGUUACUCUCAUUUCUGUAGCAGAUAGAACAUUUUGCAAAACAUGUAUACACCUGCCUAAGCUGAAUAUAUUUUUAUUAGCCUGUAAAUAAAUAUACUCUUCUGCAUUGCACUGAUUUCUGAACCUAA